AUGUCCGGCUACGCAGCAGGAGGCCAGUACGACGAUGGCUACGGCCAUCCGGCGGCUCACGGUGACUCCUACUACCAGGACGAACAUGCCCAGGGCUACUACGAUAAUCAGCAGGAGGGUUACUACGAUAACGGUGGCUAUUAUGGAGACGAAGCCGCUGGGCACGCCCAAGGCGGAUACGCUGAAGGAGGCUACUACGACCAGGCUGGCCACGACCAAGCUGGCCACGCCCAGGAGGGCUACUACGGCGAUGAGUACUACGACCAGGCCGGUCAUGGUCAGGCUCGCCGCGGCGGCUCUGAAGAGGAUUCCGAGACUUUCAGCGAUUUCACCAUGAGAUCUGAGACUGCCCGUGCUGCAGACAUGGAUUACUACGGCCGUGGUGACGACCGAUACAACAGCUAUGCGGAUAGCCAGUACGGCGGUCGCGGCUACAACGGCUACCGUCCUCCCUCCUCCCAAAUUUCAUACGGUGGGAAUCGAUCAUCCGGUGCCUCUACCCCUGUCUAUGGCAUGGAGUACGGAAACGCGUUGCCGGCUGGCCAGCGUUCGCGAGAGCCCUACCCUGCCUGGAGCGCGGAGGCCCAGAUUCCUCUGUCCAAGGAAGAGCUCGAGGACAUUUUCAUUGAUCUUGUCAACAAGUUCGGUUUCCAGCGUGACAGCAUGCGUAACAUGUACGACCAUAUGAUGACGCUUCUUGAUUCGCGUGCCUCUCGUAUGACGCCCAACCAGGCGCUGCUUUCGCUGCACGCCGACUAUAUCGGUGGUCACAACGCCAACUAUCGCCGUUGGUACUUCGCCGCCCACCUGGAUCUCGACGAUGCCGUGGGAUUCGCCAACAUGAAACUUGGCAAGGCCGAUCGCAAGACUAGGAAGGCUCGUAAGGCUGCCCAGAAGGCCGCUAAGAAGAACCCCGAGAACGAAGAAGAGACUCUUGAAGCAUUGGAAGGCGACAACAGUCUGGAGGCCGCCGAGUACCGUUGGAAGUCCCGCAUGAACCGGAUGUCCCAGCACGAUCGGGCCCGUCAGGUCGCCCUGUAUCUGCUCAUCUGGGGUGAGGCCAACCAGGUCCGUUUCCUGCCAGAGUGUAUUUGCUUCAUCUUCAAGUGCGCCGAUGACUACUACGGGUCUCCCGAGUGCCAGAACCGUGUUGAGCCCAUUGAGGAGUUUACCUACCUUAAUGAGAUCAUCACACCUCUAUAUCAGUACUGCCGUGAUCAGGGAUACGAGAUCUCAGAUGGCAAGUACGUUCGCCGUGAGCAUGAUCACAACAAAAUCAUUGGUUACGACGAUAUGAAUCAGCUGUUCUGGUAUCCCGAGGGUAUCGAGCGCCUCUCCUUUGAGGACAAGACCCGCCUGGUCGAUAUUCCUACCCAGGAACGUUGGCCCAAGCUUAAGGAUGUGGUCUGGAAGAAGGCUUUCUUCAAGACCUACAAGGAGACUCGUUCGUGGUUCCAUAUGGUCACCAACUUCAACCGUAUUUGGGUUAUCCACUUUUGUUUCUUCUGGUUCUUCACUGCUUACAACUCUCCGACUCUCUACACUCCCAAUUACCAGCAGCAGUGGGAUAACAAGCCGUCCUCGGCUAAGUAUCUGGCUGCUGUCGGUUUCGGUGGUGCUCUGGCCGCCUUCAUUCAGAUCUUCGCCACCAUUUGCGAAUGGUGCUACGUUCCUCGCCGUUGGGCUGGUGCUCAGCAUCUUCGCAAGCGGUUCAUGUUCCUUCUUGGUGUCUUGAUCAUCAACUUGAUCCCUGGUGUUAUCAUCUUUGGCUUCCUUCAUAUGCUUCCCACAAACAUUCAGAGUCCUGUCGGUCUCGCUCUCGGUAUCGUGCACUUCGUGCUGGCUAUUUUCACAGUCACCUUCUUUUCGAUUCAGCCUCUGGGUGCUCUCUUCGGAAGCUAUCUGAAGAAGAAUGGCCGCCAGUACGUCGCCAGUCAGACAUUCACUGCCAGUUUCCCCCAGCUCCACGGCAACGACAUGUGGAUGUCAUACGGUCUUUGGGUCUGUGUCUUCGGUGCCAAGCUCGCUGAGUCCUACUUCUUCUUGACUCUGUCGUUCAAGGACCCAAUCCGUAUCUUGUCUCCCAUGAGCAUCUUCGAGUGCACUGGUGUCACGUACAUUGGAAACGUACUUUGCCAUAAACAACCCCAGAUUCUGCUCGGCCUUAUGUUCUUCAUGGACUUGACCUUGUUCUUCCUGGACAGUUAUCUGUGGUACAUUAUUUGCAACACCAUCUUCUCCGUUGCUCGGUCGUUCUAUCUCGGUGUCUCCAUCUGGUCUCCCUGGAGAAACAUCUUUUCGCGCCUUCCCAAGCGUAUCUACUCCAAGGUGCUGGCUACCACUGAUAUGGAAAUCAAGUACAAGCCCAAGGUUCUCAUUUCCCAAGUGUGGAACGCCAUCAUCAUUUCGAUGUACCGCGAGCACUUGUUGGCCAUUGACCAUGUCCAGAAGCUGCUGUACCACCAGGUUCCUUCCGAGCAGGAGGGAAAGCGUACUCUGCGUGCUCCUACCUUCUUCGUCUCCCAGGAGGACCAGUCUUUUAAGACCGAGUUCUUCCCAGCUGGCAGCGAGGCUGAGCGUCGUAUUUCCUUCUUCGCCCAGUCCUUGUCCACUCCUAUGCCCGAGCCACUGCCCGUUGAUAACAUGCCCACUUUCAGUGUCUUGAUCCCUCACUAUAGUGAGAAGAUCCUGCUGUCGCUGCGUGAGAUUAUUCGCGAAGAUGAGCCAUACUCCCGAGUCACUGUCCUGGAAUACCUCAAGCAGCUCCACCCCCAUGAAUGGGACUGCUUUGUCAAGGAUACCAAGAUUUUGGCUGAUGAGACUUCUCAAUUCAACGGUGAAUUUAGCGAAAAGGGUGAAAAGGAUGCGCAGAAGAGCAAGAUCGAUGAUCUGCCCUUCUACUGCAUUGGUUUCAAGUCUGCCGCUCCUGAGUACACUCUCCGCACUCGUAUCUGGGCCUCCCUUCGUUCGCAGACUCUAUACAGAACUGUCUCUGGUUUCAUGAACUACAGCCGUGCUAUCAAGCUGCUGUACCGUGUUGAGAACCCUGAAGUUGUCCAGAUGUUCGGUGGUAACUCCGAAAAGCUCGAGCGUGAGCUGGAACGCAUGGCCCGUCGCAAGUUCCGUAUCUGCGUGUCCAUGCAGCGCUACGCCAAGUUCAACAAGGAUGAGCGUGAGAAUACUGAGUUCCUUCUCCGUGCCUACCCUGACCUGCAAAUCGCCUACCUCGAUGAAGAGCCCCCGGAGAACGAGGGUGAUGAGCCCCGUCUGUACUCCGCCCUAAUUGAUGGUCACUGUGAACUUAUCGAGAACAACAUGCGCAAGCCCAAGUUCCGCAUUCAGCUCUCUGGCAACCCCAUUCUCGGUGACGGAAAGUCCGACAACCAAAACCACGCUAUCAUCUUCUACCGCGGUGAAUACAUUCAGCUCAUCGAUGCCAACCAGGACAACUACCUUGAGGAGUGUCUGAAGAUUCGCAGUGUUCUCGCUGAGUUCGAGGAGUUGACCACUGACAACGUUUCGCCUUACACCCCUGGCAUCGGAAACCCCGAGGGUAACCCCGUCGCCAUUCUCGGUGCCCGUGAAUACAUUUUCUCCGAAAGCAUUGGUGUCCUUGGUGAUGUUGCUGCUUCUAAAGAACAAACGUUCGGUACUCUGUUCGCGCGUACUCUUGCCCAGAUUGGUGGUAAGCUGCAUUAUGGUCAUCCUGAUUUCCUGAACGCUACUUUCAUGUGUACUCGUGGUGGUGUGUCCAAGGCUCAGAAGGGUCUGCACUUGAACGAGGAUAUUUACGCCGGUAUGAACGCUAUUCUCCGUGGGGGUCGUAUCAAGCAUUGUGAGUACUACCAGUGUGGUAAGGGUCGUGAUUUGGGUUUCGGCUCCAUUCUGAACUUUACAACCAAAAUUGGUACCGGUAUGGGUGAACAGAUGUUGUCUCGCGAGUACUAUUAUCUCGGUACUCAACUUCCAUUGGAUCGUUUCCUGUCCUUCUACUAUGCUCAUCCUGGUUUCCAUCUUAACAACAUGUUCAUUAUGCUUUCAGUGCAGAUGUUCAUGAUUGUUCUGAUCAACCUGGGUGCGCUCAAGCACGAGACUAUCACCUGCCGUUAUAACUCCGACCUUCCCACUACCGAUCCUCUUCUGCCGACCUACUGCGCUGAUUUGCACCCCAUUGUCAACUGGGUCAACCGUUGCGUGGUGUCUAUCUUCAUUGUGUUCUUCAUCUCUUUCGUUCCCUUGGCCGUCCAAGAAUUGACUGAGCGUGGUGUUUGGCGCAUGGCGACCCGCCUGGCUAAGCAUUUCGGUUCAUUCUCCUUCAUGUUCGAAGUGUUCGUCUGUCAGAUCUACGCCCAAGCUGUCCACCAGAACUUGUCUUUCGGUGGUGCUCGCUACAUCGGUACUGGUCGUGGUUUCGCCACUGCCCGUAUUCCCUUCGGUGUUCUAUACUCUCGUUUUGCUGGUCCCUCCAUCUACCUUGGUGCUCGUCUGCUGAUGAUGCUGCUGUUUGCCACAUCCACCGUUUGGACUCCCGCUCUUAUCUGGUUCUGGGUGUCCCUGCUUGCCCUGAUCAUCUCACCUUUCCUGUUCAACCCCCACCAAUUUGCAUGGAACGACUUCUUCAUCGAUUACCGUGAUUACCUCCGCUGGCUGUCUCGUGGUAACUCGCGUUCGCACGCCUCGUCCUGGAUCGGUUUCUGUCGUCUUUCGCGUACCAGACUGACUGGUUACAAGAGAAAGCUCCUUGGUGUUCCUUCUGAGAAGGGCUCUGGAGAUGUGCCUCGCGCUAACUUCACCAACAUUUUCUUCAGCGAGAUCAUUGCUCCUUUGGUUGUUGUUGGCGCUACCCUCAUUCCUUACCUGUAUAUCAACUCGCGAACCAUGUUCAGUAACAAACCUGAAUAUGCCGCGAACGCCAUCAUGCGAAUUGCCAUUGUGGCGUUCGCUCCCAUUGGUAUUAAUGCUGGUGUUGCUGCAGCAUUCUUCGGCAUGGCCUGUUGCAUGGGUCCCCUCUUCAGCAUGUGCUGCAAGAAGUUCGGUUCCGUUCUUGCUGCCAUCGCUCACGCAAUUGCCGUUAUUGUACUCAUGAUCAUCUUCGUCGCUCUGUUCGUUCUGGAGUCCUUCAGCUGGGCCAGAACUGUGUCGGGCAUGAUCGCCGCGAUGGCCAUCCAGCGCUUCAUCUACAAGUUGAUCAUUUCUCUUGCUCUCACUCGAGAAUUCAAGCACGAUCAGUCCAACAUUGCCUGGUGGACCGGUAAAUGGUACAACAUGGGUUGGCACUCAUUGUCCCAGCCUGGCCGUGAGUUCCUUUGCAAGAUCACUGAGUUGGGUUACUUCGCUGCCGACUUCAUUCUGGGCCACAUCAUUCUGUUCUUCAUGCUGCCCGUUCUCGCAAUCCCGUAUGCCGACAAGUUCCACUCAGUGAUCCUGUUCUGGCUGCGUCCCAGUCGUCAAAUUCGUCCUCCGAUCUACUCUCUCAAGCAGUCCAAGCUUAGAAAGAGACGUGUUGUUCGUUUCGCUAUCCUCUACUUCGUAAUGCUGGUUGUAUUCGUCGUCCUGAUUGCUGCGCCGCUUGUCAUUCGUGACAUGAGCUCCAUCAGCUACAACAUUCGUCACUCCCUUUACGAAAUUGUCGGUGUCAAAAAAGGCAUGCUCGGUCUCCUGCAGCCUUUGGAUGCUGGCCUCAACGACACAGCGACCUACUACACCGGAAGCCACUUGCCUGCCGGCUACAAGUCGCCUCGUGAGUCGGUUACCCCCACCGCCGGUGACUUCAAUUUCCACAAAAUGAUUUAG